AAAUGAAUUGAUAAUAAAAUGAGAGAACAAAUAAACUGUUAUUAUAUUUAGUGACAUAAGUAGUGACCACUCAGUGAUUAAUUUGUUUAUAUUUAUCUACCGAUUGACCACUUAUUGACCACUUCAGCACAUUUGGUACAAGUGAUGGAUCCGUCGAUCGACAGCAUUGAUGAAACCAAUCAAGAAGGCGAUGACUUAGUGAUAGCCGAAGCCGUCGAAGUGAUGCUAACUAUGUAUUCGUGUCGCUUCUGCUCCAAGAGGUUCGACACUAUCGACAAAGUGAAGACACACUUCUUAAAGAGACACAGCAAUGCAUUGGACAGAACACCGAAAAAAGAGUCUACCGAUGGACAGAAUAAUGACUCGAACGCUGAACAGAGUGGUGGUGACAAUGACUUGGAGGAAGAGACAGUGGCUGAUGGAGAAACUGGUGGAGAAGCUGGAGAUUUGUCUGAAGUUAAUAACGAAGAAAACAACGAAGAUAAGACAACUCUUGUUUUAAAGCCUCAGAGGACUAGAGUUAGCAAAAGUAAGGUUAAAAUGGUUGAGACGGAGCGCUCUAUUCAAACUCGAACUAAACUUAAGAAAGAUUUACCCUCACAUCUGGAACUUAAAGUGAUUCGACCUAAUAGUGACAACGAAACGGCACCAAAGAGAGGUCGACCCAAAAAGUAUGAAAUGAGACAACCAUUAACUUCUCAGCUUAAAACAGCCACUCGUCGUUAUCCCUGUCCUUUUGAAGGCUGUGAAUAUGUAGCCAAAUAUAGAUCUAAUCUUUGGGAUCACAAGAAAUUGCACACCGGAGAGAAACCAUACAGGUGCAAUUGGCCGUCAUGUGAGAUGCGAUUUCCACAAUCACAACAAUUGAAAUUACAUUUGCGGAGUCAUACCGGAGAAAAACCCUAUGCAUGCAAUUGGCCCGGAUGUGAACAAUCGUUUAGCCAAAAACCAGGCCUUAAAUCACAUAUGCGAACCCAUACGGGAGAGAAGCCAUAUGUGUGCGAUUGGCCGGGUUGUGAGUGGAAGUUUAGACUUAAAGGAGCUCUUACUGACCACAAGAAAGCUGUUCACGAGGGUGUCAAAGCUUUUGUGUGUGAGUGGCCCGGAUGUAACAAAAAGUUUUUACAAUCAUGUCAUUUACGUAAGCAUAUGAUGGCACACGCAGACAUCAAACCAUUUGUUUGUGAUUGGCCUAACUGUACCUAUAAAGCAGUUUCCAUGAGCUAUGUUACCAAUCAUAAAAAGACACACACGGGAGAGAAGAACUUUGAGUGCGGAUACAAUGGAUGUACUAAACGAUUCGUAAAGUCGAGUCAUGUUAAUCGUCACCAACAGAAAUGUCAUCCGGAAAUGUUAAGCCAACCACUCGAUGAAGAAAUAGAAGUCUAUAACAUUGAAAUCUAAUGAUAGCUAUCUUUGGUUUUAAAAAAAGCAUCUCAUUUAUGAUUUAA